AGCAGAAGAAAGUACCAAGAGGAGGAAUACAAGUCACAAUAAGAAGUGUACGUGAGAACAAGCAGAAGAGGAGGAGGAAGAGGAGCAAUACAAGUCAAAAGAAGAGGAAGAAGAACUCGGGGACCCCUCACUCAGCCCUCACAUCCGCUGGACCCUUCAUGACACCCUAGUCGCCCUGAUGGUCCUGCUUCACUGAGGGGGACAGACAAGGACAGAGGAGGAGGAGGAGGCCCGGGACAUGAAGAGGUUCUGGCUGGAGGACCAAGACAGGUGGUUCUGGUCAAGCACAACCAGAAUGGCUCUUCCCGGAGUGCCAAGGAUCAGCCCCUAUUACCUGCUCGUCAUCAUUCUAUUUAUACAUUUCGUGCCUUCUUCGUGUACUGUAGGAGAGACUUGUGACCCCAGUAGACUUUCUCAGUGUAGUAAGAAUGAAAUCUGUCGGGAGGUGAAUGAGACCACAGCAGUAUGUGAAUGUAGGAAACCUUUUGAGGUUGAUAAAGAAACGGGGAAAUGUGAAAAUCCCAAGCCUGCACCUCCUCCACCAGAUCCAUCAGGAAGCAACUUGGGUUUAGCUCUUGGUCUGGGCAUCACAUUUUUCCUUAUAUUUGUGAUUAUUGCCCUGGUCUUGAUACACCGCAAGUUUGGACUAUUUUCUGGUAUGUGUGAUCGUUUCCCUUCCCUCCGUAGCCUUGCCAUUAGAAGUGGGGAUAUCAUUAUGGUAGAUAAUGGGGAUGAGGAAGAUAUUAAUCCUAUAGUCUGAGACUUGUCUGUGCUAAUCUUAGUGUGAGACUGUUCCUUACACUGUGGUGUCUAUUACUUGAUGAUCUUGAUUUUAAAAGUAUUAUAUGAAAUAGUUUAAUUUGAAAAUUUAACCAUAUGUUUUCAUAAAUAACUAUAUUAAGUAUGUGCACUUUAUGGUUGUGUUUUAUAGUGAAUUUGAAAGAGGCUGAUGGCAUAGUAAGUUUAAUUGUGUAGGAUAAUUUUUUGAAGAACUACUGUCAAAUUUAUGAUGUGACAUUUAUUGGUAUACUAUUGAAGAUAUACCCCUAUGGACCAAAUUGGUUGGUGUGAGAUAGGUUAUUUUUAAGGGAACAUGUGUCAUGAACUGGUUUUAUCAUGAAGACCUUACCAAAAAAAUUAAUGGCUGUUUGUUAUUUUUCUCUCUCUUUCACUUGCUCUGUCUAUAGGAUGCCAGACAUAACCAUACAUCAGUUUCAGUGGUACAGUGAAUGAGCUGAAGGAAAAUGUUUACUGAUUCUCUGGUUAGGUAGUAUGGAAGCAAUCAUGCAAAAUAUAUUUUUGUUGUGCAUCAUGAAAGUAGUAAAUAUCAACUCACUUCCAAUUAAUUCUGUCUUUGUUCCAUAACUUAAAACCAAACAAGAUUUUCCUUCACUCCCUUCUACCCGCCAGGAGGCUUAGCUUUGCCACACCCCAGCCAUUCUCACCAGGCACAUGGGGAGACCACUUCACCCCAACUUAAGAAUCUCAUAACCAUUCUCCUUGUAAUCUUGGAGAAUCCAUUACAUAUGUUAAAUUUAUUUCCACUUAUUUUACUUGGCUUUUCAGUCGUUUGUAGAAGUAUUUAAUUGUUAGUUUUAUUUUCUAUUGAUCACUAAAGACACUUACUGCUCAUUCUGGGAAGGAUAGUGUAACAAACAUUCAUUCUUGUUCAGCAUUCCAAAGCUGAGCCUUGUGCCGCUAAGUGUUAUUUAAAACUACUUUUUUAUGCUAUUUUUAUAUUUCAAAAUAAAACGUUCAACUUGUAUAAUUCUUGCUGUUAUCUUGCAUUGGGGAACUUUCAUGUAGCUUCCAGUUAUUUAUUUAUUUUUUUCAAAUAAACUAGGUUCAUGUUUUCUUGUAUGCCAAAGUUGUGUUAGAAACGGAGAAAUUCACACUUGUGUACUUCAGUGAUGCAUAGGAGUGGUAGGAGUUCACCAGAUAAUUUUCAUUCCUUAUGCUAAGAAUCCCUAAGCCAUUAAACGUUAAACUUUACAUUCAUUGAACUGUUAGAUGGAGGUGAAGAGAAAGGGUGACCUGUAAUUCUGAGUUUGAAUCUAGGCACGAGUCCCUACAAUAGGAGGGAGGUAGAGUAAUUUUCCUUGUGGCCUGGAGCUCCAGAGUGAUCACGCACACACUUGCGCACACACACACACGCGUGUGUGUGUAUAUAUAUAUAUAUAUAUAUAUAUAUAUAUAUAUAUAUAUAUAUAUAUAUAUAUAUAUAUAUAUAUAUAUAUAUAUAUAUAUAUAAAAGUUUUAUAACUAAUGUUUUGUUUUGUAGAUGUACUUUAUUGAAUAAUUUCAUAUCUUUAUUGAGAGUUUCUGUUGUUUUGUUUUGGUAUAUUUUACUGUGAUUUACACUUUGUUUUCAUAAAAUUAGUUUGUAUUUUGUUUCACUGAUUAAUUUUUUUGCACUGUCAUGAAAUGCCUUUAAUGGAAUGAGUGUUUGGUAUGAAUUUGUGUAUGUAUUUAGCUAUGUAAUUAAUGUAUCAUCUUAAAGAGUUUGUUGGACUGUGAUAAUUUUACAUUGACAUAUUGUCGCACUGCUUUGCAGUUAUUUUCCUUUUAUUGUGAAUGUUUAUCGUAUAUACCAGCUUCACCUUGUGCCUCACCUCUUUUUGAACAAAGGCAAACAAAAUAAUGCGUGUCUGAGGUAGUUCUUGAUCAAAUGAAAAGGAGUGUUGGUUCAAGAUAACAAAUAAAUUUUGUUUUCCAAAUGAUUUAUAUUAAGUUAAGAAAAAAGGUGAAUAUCUCACCUUUAGGAGAGGUCAAAUAAGACAAACUAUUGAAAAUAUUUGCUGUAUUUGCCGGCAUAUAGGAUGUGCUUUAUUUAGAUAAAAGUUUAAUACAAUUUCUCUGUUUUAUAUGUGUGUGUAUUACAGAUCAGAAACUGAGUGCAUAAGGCAUGAGGAUCUUAGCUAGGGUGUCAAACAAGUAGCAGUAACACACACAAAUUGUGCUUGGUUGUUGUCUACAGUAAGUCCCCACUUAACGUUCUCGAUAAGUUCUUAGGAAUGGCAAUAAUUUAUAUGAAACCAGUUGCUAAACUGAUAUAAAUAAGAGCCAAGGUCACAUGGCAUAUUUCUGGUCUCAAAAAUGCUACUAAAUUUCUCACUUCUCAAACAAGACUAAAAAUAUUUAUAAUAUGAAACAUUGAAUUCAAUGUGAGCUAUACAUACUUUUAAGAAAGCUUAACUGAAGCAAGUUGUUUGAAGAACUGCAUUACAUCUCACUGAAUGACGCUACAUCUGCGAGGUUCACAAAGCAUCUGUCAUGCUCUUUUUAGACUCAAUAGGGCAUAGUGUACUACUGUAUAUUAUUUGCCAUUGAAUGUUUUCAUAAAAAUUGGGUUAUGAAAAUAUCAAAUGAGUAAUAAAAAUUGGAUCAUGACGACAAGCAGUUACAAAAUAAGACGUAGUGUCAUCAUCAGCGAUGAAGCUUUCACCAUUUUAUUUUACAGCUCGCCAGGUGGCCAAACGUAUCUUAUUGCUUAAAUUGAUGGGGCCUAUUGUGAUGUUUACAGUGUUCGUGAGUUAGAUUUCUGGGUCUAGGACAACUGGCCGCAGCCACCUGGCCGCAGACUAACUGGCCGCGGCCUACUGGCCACGGGAAACUGGCCGCGGCCUACUGGCUACGGGAAACUGGCUGCGGCCUACUGGCUACGGGAAACUGGCCGCGGCCACCUGAACCUGAGUCAGUCGUCAAGAGAUUCUUGUCUUAUUAACACAAUCACGGAUGUGUCCGCGGCGGUCAGUUGGCUGUGGCAAAUUGGUCGGCGGCUAGGUGGCUGUGGCCAGUUGUCCCAGUCCCUAUAUUUCUAGGUCCUUGCAUACUAGGCAUAGCACCAUAGGAUUAUGCAUACUAGGGGUGCCUACUGCACUGGAGUUCAGCACAUACUGUAUCUAUAUGCACUAGAUCAUAUGUUUUCCCCAACAAAACUACUUUAAAAUUACUUCAGAUAAAUUUUUGAUGAAACUUAGUAAAGAAAAAAUCCCUCAAAAUGGACUUGUAAAAUAGGGUGCAUUUUAUGUGGAGGUGCAUCUUAUAUACCGGCAGAUAUGGUAUUAAUUGACUAAAUUUUUUAAUGAAUUAGCUUUUCAGCAGAUUUUUACAUAAGCUUUCUAUCAUUUUCAACAACUAGUAAACAAAACUAUGUAGAUGUAAUUAGAUCUGUACCUGUUACUGUGUAUUUUGUAAAGGGAUUAUAAUUUCUAUAAACUACUGUGACCUAUAGUUGCUGAAGAGCUGAUAAUAAUUUAGUAGAGUUUAGCAGUAGUUAGUUGAAGUAUUUGCUCACUCAUGGCUUUCAUUCAUUGUUCGUGUGAACCAUCUCUGAAACUUAUAAUUUCUUUAAAGAUGCACCCGUUUCAUUAGCUUUGCAGAAACUGGGAUUUUGUUGGGUGGGCUCUAAAAUGCUGAAACUGGGAUGCCUCAUUGUAUUGCUGGUAUGCCUGAGCCCACUGAAGACAUGGUAAUGGGAGGUAGCAACAACCCUCCUCUCUUUAUACCUUUGGAGGGAUUGUUAUUGGAUUACUGGCUCCAAACAAUUGAUGAAUUGCUAAGCCUGUCAGAAUUGCCGGGGUGGUGUGACAGACCUAUUUGUGGAUGAAGGGGAUGUCUAUCUCCUUGGCAUGCCAAACACAACUGUACAUGGAAGAUGAAAACUCUACUGUAACACUAAUUUUCUGGGAACUGACUAUUUUUACUGGACAUUUCCCAGUGAGUGUAUACAGUUUUCUUUGUUGCACCUGGUUAUGAGUGUAAGGACAUAGCACUUUCUAUCAAUAUUUCACAUUUGAUAGUGUUAUUUUAAAUAAUUUUUGUAACCACCUAUAGACAAAAAAAUACUAUUGGAAUGAUGCUGAGUGAGACCAUUCCUGCCUCAGCUCAAGCACAAUAACACAAGUGCUAAGAGACAAGCAAGGUAUCAGCUGGCUGGGUUAGGUGCAGUGAUGGCAGCGGCAUUUGUCAUGGAAAAAUUAAACUGUGACUGGCAAUAACAAUGAGCAUGAAGAGAGACCAAUGGAUGUCUGCAUGUAAACAAACCUGGCAACAGCAGCAUUUGACUAAUAAUUAUGUAAUUUGACCAAUAUUGUGACUUACUAAAGAGUAAUGACAUACAUGGAUUGUGGAGAUAUAGUCAUGCUGUGUGGUGCCAAAUCAUGCCAUGCAGCAGUGGUGGCAGACUCAAGUCUUCCAUUUUUAUUAUCAUCUAAUAAGAAAAUAUUGAAGUGCUGAUGACUCAUUAAAUUGUCGAAAUGUAUCAGUUGCCAAAUAUUUCAGUUUACCAAUGUACAAGGUGUUUUUUAUUUUUGAGACAGAAACGCACCCUCAGUCUUAGCCAACCAAACUUUUCUUGUCUGCGUGAUUGUGCUGGAUUGUGUGCAUAUGCUAGUACAUGCACAUACUGAAGUGUGUAAAACAGUCAUUCUGCUCUUUCAAGCUAUGAAAAAUUUUACAUCCCUAUUCAUUGUGCUGAGACUGCUACACAACAUCAUAUACAUUUGAUGAAUUUAAAUAAGGAAAAAAUAGUAUAAUGUGUUAAAGAAAAGUGAGCCAACCUUAUGGCUGCGUAAUCCCAUCACAAACUUCUUCCCUUUGGUAGAUAGGAAAAAAGAGUAGAAUUUUGAGAUUACGUAUAUGGAGGUUAUUCUUGAGAUUAUUAGUCUCUAAACUCAUUAUGAAUUUUAAUACACUUGGAGCUCCUGAAGUCAUAUUUUGAAGUGAACAGAUUUUUUAAAGUUUUGCAAUCAAAUACCAAAUACAGUACCAAAGUAGAUGUUCAUACUUUUUAUCUGGAUCACCUGAAUUAUCCCUUCCAGUCUGUCAGCUUCAUUGUUUGUCUUGUAAUCAUGCUAUAAUCAUUUGGUCCACAUACUUUUGUAUAUAAUAUUCUGAUAUACAAGUUUAUUUUCUCCCAUUUACCUUAUGUUAAAGAGUAAGUCAGAAUGGAAAGAAGAGUGCUGUUGAUGGUGAAAGUUUACCUCAGCUGAUAUAUAUAUACACUCAACCCUCGAUUUUCCAGGGGAGCAAUUGUGUGGGAACCAUAAAAGCCUGGGUAUUGGGAAUUGUUACAGUCUGGGGCCUUGGCCCAUUCUCAGGUGUUUACUACACUCAGUCCAGCAGUUGCCAGUGUUUAGUACCUGCCCCAGAUUUUAAUCACAUUUUGUCCAACACAUUUAAGCAACACAUUUAAGAAAGAUUAACUAAAACAAAUUAUUUGAAGACCUGCAUUACACGCCAACAAACGACACACUGUUGGCAGUGGUCACAAAGUGCCUGUUAUUUUCUCCUUUGAUCCCAGGUGUUGAAGCAUACCAUACUACUGCAAAUUAUUUACUAAUUAAUGUUUCUUCUAUGAAAAUCAUGUAACGAAAAUAUCGAACUGGUAAUUAAACCUGGGUCAUAGCUAUGAUUAACAGAUCAGCUGGUAAUGUAAACAAGCAGAUGCAGUGCCAGUGCAGCAUUCACCCUUUUCUUUUUCAACUCUUUGGUUGGCCAAAAACAGUGUACUUCUGUGAAUUAUUAUGCACUUCAUUCCAGUACGUACUGUGUUUACAUGCAAAUGUAAGCUCACAGCGUGGCCACUUAACAGCACGAGACAACAAUAAACAGAUAUGUCUGGCACACACACUGCCAUCUAGCGGGUGUUAUGAACACUGACCAAGGAACAGAAUCUGAUUUAUGGCUGGACUUCUGUUUCAAUACCUGGAUUUGACCAGGCUUAUGUCCGAUAACUGCCAGACAUAGCUAUGACUUCUAAUUUUGAUUUCUGGGAAUGAUUGGGCAUAUCUCCGGUAAUUGCUGAACCCCAGAUUUUGUCCAGGAAAUUGAGAUCUGGGGAAUCAAGGGCCGAGUGUGUGUGUGUAUAUAUAUAUUUUUCUAUGUAUUUUGGCAUCAUGAAUCUCAUUCUGUUACAGCAUAUACAGUGAUUAUCAAGGGUCCUUUUUUUUAGAUAUUGCAUAGUCUUCACUAUUUCUGUAGGUGCAGUAUUGCAAUUCAAGUUUUAUUGUGCAUGAGUCUCCUUCUUGUGGACAACUUCAUACAGUUCAUGCGUUUAAAUUUGCAUUUAUAAAAGGAGCAGGAAGUAAUUUGUUUCAUUAUAAUAUGCUUUGUUAUCUAAAUUAAAAUGAAAGUUUCAAUCUAGUAUAUAAUACUUUGUAAGAUUAGGAAACUAUUUAUUUUUAGUUCCUUCUCUUUCAGUGUGUUUUGCAUGACCACAUAACAGAAACACAUACAUUUGAAGAUAUGCUGAUGUAAACAUAUUCCAGUAUGCAUAAAAUGUUUGCCAUGUUUGCCAUAUUUCUAUGCAGUCAAUUGGUAACACCUACAACAACUGUUCAUGACGUGUAUUGAAAGUUACCGGAAUACAGUAGAAGCAUGCAGCUCAGUUGGAUUCACAAUUAGGGCAAGAGAUGGUCAAUAUGGUGCACUAGGUUUUCAUUAUAUGUGUGGUUUGAUUCCUGUAAAAACUAAACAUAAUGAGAAUUCACAUAUAAUGAAGCUGUUUUUGCAUUUAUUUUAUGGGGAUGCAUUCCAUAAUUGGUCUCUUAACACUUUCAAAUGGUAAUAUCCACAAUUUCAUGCCAACAGUAUAGUAUAUAUAGUAUAUGACUGGCAGGAUGACUAGUGUGGGAAUCACUGUCAGAUGUUACUGAGAGACACUGGAGUAAAUUGGGCAUGAGCGAGAGUAAAACGUUUAUGGCACAUGGGGCAUAAGCUACCUACAAAAACAUUCUUUUUAUGCACUAUAAUUUUCUUAUUUAUAUACAUCCUGCUUCAAGUAUACUUAUAAAUUUCAUGCUUAAUGUUUUAUGCUUGAAAUGGCCUCCCACAAAAGCUCUUACAAAAUAUAACCAAUAUAUUUGUGGGUUUCUCACAAAUAUGUGGGACAUAUCCUUAUUUUUGUUGGAAUAUUCAUACACAGACACCAGGCAUGCUAACUGGGCAAAUUUCCAGAAGUAAACCAGUCUCACUGUGGCAGAAGAAAUGGCAGUUUUACAAGUUGCACCAAAAACAUGAUGUGACAUACUGUGCCAUGCUCACUUAACAAGAAAAAGGACGAGUGUACCACAUGUGGCCGCCUUUCUUUCUUUUAUGUCCUGUCAUUCCUUGUGCUCUUUGCUAUUAUCCUGCACCUGAAAUAUACUAACUGACAACCUCAGGUCGAGAUACAAACAUAUGCCUUGUGGCUUAGUCAAAUGACGGGUUGUGAUGGACAGAGGAUGCACGCCCCUCCCUCUCCUCAGCCAUCCAUUUUUACUGGGGCUUGUUCCUGUGGGCUAGCUAAGAGAUGAUUAUCAUUAUCAUUGACCGUGAGUUGUGUUAUUAGGAGCGCAUUUUUGGAUGGUGCUAGCAAUUCUGCCGUGUCCAGUGAGGUGCAACUUGUCACCUGUUAUCAUAUGCCAUCUGAUCAUGGCAGGUUAAGGGGGACUGUGGGGCUGUGACUCAUCCUGUGUGCAUGGAGGACCCCAGAUUCCUCACCCUGACCCCCUUUCACAUUUCACCCCAAAAUCAGGUGCUAAAAGCUGUGGAAAGUUUGUUGUAAGUCAUUGAAGUACACAUUUACAUUUGUUAACUUUUGUUUUUCAAAAUGUGGCAGUUUUUGAGUUCUGGGGAGUCACCCUUCAUGUUUUUGCACUCCUUAGGUUUAAAGUGCCCUAAUAUUAUGCCCUGCAUAUUGUAAAAUUUUAAUACAUGGAUUGGUCAAAUUACUAUGUCGCAUAUGUGUCAACUUACAUAUGUUGAAUCCUCAUGUAUCGAGAACCCAGUGUGCUUCUCAUAGUUCAAAUGGCUACUUCCAGAAAAAGUUAAUAACUGAAGUUUUGGGGACGGAGCUCAGAACAAAUAGCAAGAUUUGUUUGUCUUGAACAUAGAGGUGUAUAUUACUAGCACAGCAGAGAAAAUUCACUUAAGAUGCAACACAACAAGUUUUAUUUCAAGAGUACUGUAUUUACAACUAUUUAGAUUGUAGUGAUUUAUAUGUUAAUCUGCAGUCAAUAAUACCAGACAAAAGAAAGAUAUUGUGAAGUAUCACAGCAUGGCAACAUUAGUUUGUAUAUGAAUAUAUUAUGGGAAUUUUACCAUUAUAACAAGUAUUUAACCAGCAUUAUACAUAAACUAGUGAUAGAGGUACUGGUGUGUAAUGAUGAUCAUAUGGUGCAUCUUAGUGAGAGCCAGCUGUUCCUCAGUGUUACUCACUUAAGGUUUUAAAGUAGCAGUAACUUCACAAGAAGGAAACACUUAAACUAGUUAUGUAUAAGGAAAUUGCUUAAGUUCAGUAGUUCUUUAGUUAUGUCUUUGUCCAUUAUGCAUUCUUGAUUCAUCAGAGCAUAUGACUGGGUCCGUAGUGUUAGGUUUUAUAAAUACUUUCCCUUGGAUGGGUGACAGUGUGCGUCCCAUCAGUAUGCAUUGGCAAAUAUCCAGAGGGCUUGCAAAGAUUUCUUUGGAGUCAAUUCACUUGUGUGUCAUGUACUACACUAUUUUGAAUUUAUGCCUUUGGUGUUUAUAGCUAAAAGGUACCUUCUCUGCUUCAGCUAUGUUGAUCACACGGAUUUAUAGAUAUGUUUAUAUAGAAUCAUGAUGAUGGUUCUCAGGAAGAUGUGUAAUGAUAUUUAUAGUAUUGCAUGCCUUUCACUGAACAAUGAGAUUUUAAUAUAAGCUUUAAACUAUGGUACAAAUCAUAUGUGUUAUUGGGUGCACAUAAAUUGUGGCAAAUUUUCCCAGUAAUUGGUUCUUUUCUUCACCAAACGGUUCCUUCUGAUAAUUGUGAAAACACUCAAUUUAGUUGCUUGUUUAAUGAGCAUUGAAAGAACUCUGAUGACUACUAAUGAUUUUAUUUUUUAUUAUUUGAAUAAAUUUAAUCUGCUUGUGUGUUAAGCAUAAUCAUUACAGGUAGGUUUACUUUGGUAAACACUUCAGUGAUACUAAUGAAAUGCAUUGUGAUUUACUUCUAACUUCAGCUAUAUGUGUUGUGUUUGCCUUUAAGCCUUCAGAUGGUUAUGUGAUGCUAUCAUGUUACUGAAUGCAAGAUUACAGCAUGAGAUUAUAUAGUAGUAUUCAAGUUGCAGGAGCCUGCAUUUGCAAUGCCCAUUUUCAUUUGUAAAGGUGAAGCUAAAGCUAUGAAAUAUUCCAAUGAGCAUGAAGAGUGUUUGAUAUAAUGUGAAUUGUUUCCAUUAUUAAGUAAGCAGAAUCUUUAGCAUAGCACAGGGCAUUUUAAUUUAAUAAUUGUGGGAUAAUUUUUUUUGUUGGCUGUUUAAGGAUUUACACUUUAAGCUAAUGCAUAAUGCAUGUGACAGUGAAGACUUCCAUGCUUGGUCAGAAAUAUAUUUUAGGACAUGUUAGAAAUUGACACAGGUUGUAUUCAUUCAUAAUAGAUGUUCAAUUGUUUCUUAUUGGUGAACGAAUAUGCAGAACCCGGUCAUAUUUGGCAUAUGGCAUCUUUAUGUAAUUUAUUUUGUGAAGUGUUGGUGUUUAUUGGUGAAGGAAUACUAA